UGCGCACUUCGCCGGCGUCAGGUUGUCAAGAAUGGAGAACUACAGGAUUUUGGAACGCAUCGGAAAGGGUGGACAGGGCUCUGUACAUCUCGUAGAUCACAAUGAGGAUGGAAUCAAGUCUGUUCUGAAAAAGGUUGAAUGUCAUGAUGAGAGUGAGGCUAACAAGGCCUUCAAGGAGGCCAUGGCACUCCGACAGCUGCAGCAUCCCUACGUGUGUGGCUACAAGGAGUUCUUUGUCAUGUGGGACAAGGAGGAGUCGUCGAUGUUUGUGUGCAUUGUGAUGGAUUACUACAGCAAGGGGGAUCUGAAGAAGAUCAUCCAGCAGUACCAGAAGAACAAACAGCCCAUGGAGGAGGAGGUUCUAAAGAGGUACCUGGGGGAGAUUCUGGAGGCACUUAUAUUUGUACACAGGAAAGGUGUCAUUCACAGGGAUUUGAAGCCCAGUAACAUCUUUAUUCAAGAUAAUGACAGCAUUUGCCUCGGGGACUUCGGCGUUGCAACCAUCAUGGGCGACGCCAAGACAUGCACCAGGAACACUGUGGGCACGACUAACUACAUGGCCCCAGAAAUCCAGAACAACCCGUACGAUGAGAGGAGUGAUGUGUGGGCCCUGGGCUGCAUCUUGUUUGAGAUGACGACAACGGCUAUGUUUGAUGGUGUCAUGGUGGCAACGAAGCUGAAGGAGGUCAAGGACGACCCUGGCGUACUGGAGGAGAUCUUUGAGGAUGUGGCCAAGCAUUUUUCUGGAGACUUGAUCACGGCCAUCCGUCUGAUGCUGAAGUACAACCCCUCAAGGAGGCCGACGGCUGAGCAGCUGGUGGAGAAGUGCGCCUACAUCAGGAAGUGUGUUGAGGCAAGAGACUCUUCCAUGAUGGAGAAGAGGAUAAGACAGGCACAGACGGAAGAAGAGAAAGUCGCAGACCCUCUGACGUCAGAGUCCCCUGGGAUCCUGGUUGUCCUGGAACACAUCGCCAAGAUGAUUGAUAAUGAGGACUGUGUCAAGGAUGGCAUGGAGCACCUUGUGGAGCUCACCAAACAAGAUGGCGUCCUCCUGGAGGACAACAGCAAACGUCUGGUUGCCGCGGCAAUGAAGAAUAACAUCAACAACAAAACUAUACAAAUAGCAGGCUGCAAUGUGUUCAAUAAUGUCAUCGUUUCAGCUCAGACGGGGGAUGUUCUGUUUACGCCCGAAAUAAUCUCCGUCAUCAUCCUCUCCAUGAAGACUCACUCAAGCUGUUCAGAGUUGCAGCAAACAGCAGCUGCUAUACUCAUGGCAUUGUCGGCAGACAAUCGGUGGAGUCAUGGUGAGCUUAUCGGCAGUUUAGGCCACAGCCUGUCCUGCCUUGCUUGCAGAACACUUGGAGUCAUAGACCAGAUACUGUGUGCCAUGAAGACUCACAUAGAGAGUAGCGUAUCAGUACACCUUGCUGAGCUGUGUGCAACCUGUUGCAUGAGCGCCAUCUGGAAGCGCCAUCUCACAGUCAAUGAAAAUAACUUGCAGACAGCGUUUGACAGUCAAGCUAUUGAGACGAUAUGCUCCGCGAUGAAGACACACCCCACGUCGCAGGAAUUGGCGGAAGCUGCAUGUGCUGCCCUCUUCUCUCUCUGUCUGGAUGAAAAGAGUUUUGCCGUUGUGAACGACCUUGACACUGUGGGCAUACUGCUGAGUGCUGUAGAAACACACGACAAGAGCGCUAAAGUCGUGAAGAAUGCCUGCAUGGCUCUCUCGGGACUGGUUGAACCCGAUGAGGAGUGUGCAUACCGGGUGCUGACAAGCGAGGGGGGCAGCGACGCAGCAGAGAGUAAAGACGGCAUCCCCAUCAUCAUGAGGGCGUACGAGCUGCACAAGGAUAAUGCCGAUGUCGUGGAAUCUAUCGUCACUCUCUUCAUGGAACUUGUGGAAUAUGAUGACAUGAACGCUGAAAUGCGCCACCUAGCGGUGGGAUCACACAUACUGCUCCCUGUUCACAAACGUUUCCGGGACAACAGGGACAUCAUGAAGCCAUGUGAGGCGGCUAUGGUCAAGCUCGGAGUCAACAAGCCAUUAUAGACGGCCAUCUUUAAUCACCCUCACAGACAUUGUCAUUAGCAUCAUGAACACAGAAACAAUGAUCUCACUGAAACUUGAGGGAUUAAAAUAUUUCCCAAAUGUUCACCAGACAAGUGUGAAUCAUUUCCAUUUGGCCAAUAUAUCAAUCUAAUUCCAAGAUUCAUUUUCUGCUGGCCCCUGGGCAUAUAACAUAAUUGUUUUGUUUACCAACAGGUUGUCAGGUGAUGACUUUUCAACAUUAUUUCACAAGGACAGAUUACAUGUAAUUCAUCAUAGCUUGUAAGUUAUUCAGUAUCAUAUAUAUAUAUUACCAUAGUUUUUGUGGAAAUAUUGUAAACAAAUAUGGGUUUCACAGUUCUUACAGAGACAUUUUUUAAACUAUUCGUUUUGAGCCACCAUGAACAAUGACCUUCCCCUUCGAGUAUGGACAGCUAGUCAUGGAUGACGUCUGGCUGCUAAAGGCUACUCUUCAAAAUUAUAAACAGUUAUACAGUUGGAAUGAACAAGCCAAUCAACAUGAUGCAAAAUGGCUGAGAGUAAUUUCAUGGAUAUUCCCAUUGACAUUUAUAUCGCAUUAACGAAUGUACGAAUAACUAGUAAUUUGUUUGUCUAACGCUGAAGGAAACCGUUCUCAGGGGCAGGAAUGUUAUAAUUUUUAACCUCUACUGAUGAUUUAAAAAUGUUUGGUUCAAAACUUAUACUGUCGAUGUGCAGAAACAGCAGAAUCUCUAUAACCUGAGGCAAAUACUUGCAUUUGCCGUGGUAGUUUGUAAUUUGUUGAUCUCAAAAUGUGAAGAAUAGUUUAGAAAUUACAAAAUUACAGUGAUAUAGGUUGACUCUUUGGGUGAGUCGGUAUACAUUGUUAAUGGUCAUGUGAUAUUUGGCCAAUAUCGUUGAUGUCAGUUUUUGUAUUGUUUGAUUUUCAAGGAAAUGUUUUAUUUGAAAUUUGACUUUUUUUUUCUCAUUUGUCAUAUGUAUUGCGACAAAUUGAUUUCUUGGGCCAGUUGGUUUUUCUGAAGCUGUUAUUUCUGUGAAUUUGAUAUAAUAUUUUAUGUGAAAAUGUUAUUUUUCAUAGUGAGUUUUUUUAUCCAUUAUGAGACUAUCAGUGUUUUGUUACACAUUGUAGUACAAUCAUGAAACAAAGUGCCUAAUUAACAUGCAAUCCUAACUGGAUUUAACAAUUCAUAACACACAAUCCUAAGUGAAUUGAACAACUUUCAACAAACAAUUCUGACUGGAUUGAACAACUUUCAACAAACAAUUCUGACUGGAUUGAACAACUUUCAACAAACAAUUGAACAACUUCACUGGAUUGAACAACUUU